CGGACGGGACUCCCACGCUGCUGCUGCCGCCGCCGCCGCCGCCGCUGUCUCUCCUCCAGAAAAACUCUCUUCGCCUCUUUCCACAACUUUUCACAACUUGUCACAUCCCACCAAAGGUCCGAGACAUCAGAGCUUUUGGCUGCAUGGCUACAUGAAAGUUUCAUGGACUUGGAUGUUGGAAGCGUUUUAUUGGAGCUCGUCGCCUGUGUAGUUACUGUGGAUUACUGACAUACCGCAGGACCCUUGGCAGCUACUUAUUGGGGGUUUCCAGCUUCCUCCGCAGAGGUCUGAGUCGACAUGGGGAGCAAAGCCCUGCACGCUCCGAUCCCGCUGCACCCAGCCCUCCAGCUCACCAACUAUUCCUUCCUGCAGGCCGUCAACACUUUCCCCGCUGACCAGCUGCAGGGACUGUACGGGCUGAGUGCGGUGCAGACCAUGCACAUGAACCACUGGACUCUUGGCUACCCGCACAUGCAAGGAUUGAGGUCGACGAUCACGGCGGCCGCCCAGGGUCUGGUGGACCCCAGGAUCCCCUUCCCGGCGUUGCCCUUCACGGCGGCCGCGCAGCUCUUCCAUCCGAAACAGACCGCCGUCACGCACGGCGUCCCCCCUCAUCACAAGGACAGACCCAGGUUCGACUUUGCCAACUUGGCCCUCGCCGCCACUCAGGAGGACCCGCCAAAGGCCGCGGACCUGGCGAAACUGACGUCGGGACUCGGGGGGACCAUCUCCGAGCUGAGCAAGCUGUCCCCCGACAGAAAGCCCACCCGGGGCAGACUUCCGUCCAAGACUAAAAAGGAGUUUAUUUGCAAGUUCUGCGGCAGGCAUUUCACCAAGUCCUACAACCUGCUCAUCCACGAGAGGACCCACACGGACGAGCGUCCCUACACGUGUGAUAUUUGUCACAAGGCGUUCAGGAGACAGGACCACCUGAGAGACCACAGAUAUAUCCACUCCAAGGAAAAACCUUUCAAAUGUCAAGAAUGUGGGAAGGGAUUCUGUCAGUCCCGCACUCUAGCCGUCCAUAAAACCCUACACAUGCAGGAGUCCCCCCACAAAUGCCCCACAUGCGGAAGAACCUUUAAUCAAAGAAGUAACCUGAAAACUCACCUUCUCACCCAUACAGACAUCAAGCCCUACAGCUGUGGCCGCUGCGGAAAGGUGUUUCGGCGCAACUGUGACCUGCGACGGCACAGUUUGACGCACAGCCCACAUCAGGACUACUAGGCCUGGACAGACUAAUAAAAAUGAACCAAAAAGAAGAAGAAGAAAAAAAACAGAAACAGUGGGGGACAAACAAAACUCGGCGAGAUGGCUCACCGACUUUUUUUUCUUUCUUUUUUUUUUUUUUGGUCAUCAAAGAGACUUUUCGAAGCAGGACACCGUUGCUGCCCCGCUGCGCAAUUUCACCGAGAGGAUUUGUUUGCACCUCAAGGAUCAUCCAAAGUAGCCACGACAAAAAAAAAAAAAAAAAAAAAAAAAGACACCCAGCUUCCCCGGCACCUGUAAAUAUGAAGACUGUGUAAAAAAAACAACAAAAAAACAAAAAUAAUAAUAAUAUUAAUUAAAAAAAUGUUUGUUUUUUUAUUAUUAUUAUUUCCUUUUUCUGACCUUGAAAUAAUAAAAUUGUCAAAAAAAUGUCAUAAGUUUAAAGUAUGUUAAAUUGUAUUUUAGAAAUAAAUAUUUUCAUGACACAUA